AUGGCCAUGGCCACCCGUCAAUUAAACAUCGAGCUACUUCCUGCCGAGCAACUUCUUCGAGAGUUCCUGCUAGACUGCUCCCAACUUGUUCCGGGGCUGGAGACCUGGAUCACGGGUGGCUGGGUUCGCGAUCGCCUCUUGGGGAUACCGUCGUCCGACCUUGACCUGGCGUUGAACAAUCUGACGGGCAAGGAAUUUGUCACAGUUCUACAGGCCUUUUUCGCAAGACCGGAAAUUGCACAGAAAUACUCUGAAAAGGCAUCAUGUCUGGGAAUGUCCCAGCCCUACUUCUCGAGAGCGCACAUUGCGAAGAAAAAUCCCAAAAUGUCCAAGAAGCUAGAAACGGCUGGAUGUAUCCUGUUUGGCUUGGACGUGGACCUUGUCAAUUUGCGGAAAGAGGUGUACGAUGGAAGAAGUCGAGACCCCGACAUGGAAUUUGGCACGGCGGCUGAGGAUGCAUCUCGUCGUGACGCGACGGUCAAUGCGCUAUUCUUUCAUUUGGAAAGGCAAGAGGUGGUUGACUUUACUGGUUGGGGCAUCAAAGAUCUGGAUGCAAGGACCAUGAGGACGCCCCUCGAACCGAAACAGACGCUUAUGGAUGAUCCUCUGAGGGUUCUUCGUUUGAUAAGAGUCGCCAGUAAGCUCGGGUUUUCCAUUGCGCCAGAGACUGCUCGUUGUACGCUUGACCCUGAAGUGCACCGAGCGCUCGACACGAUAAUCACUCGCGACAGAGUCGGGGCCGAACUGGACAAAAUGAUGGCAGGUAGUAACACAGAGACUGCUUUUGACUUUUUAUUCGAUUUUCAUCUCUACUCGCCCAUAUUCUUUCGGUCGGACUCUACGGUACUUGAGAAUUUGGCGUCCCAACACCCGGCGUGGAGGAUACAGUCUGCUUCUUCUUCUCCGUGGCCGAGAACCUGGCCCCUGGCAUACAACAUGCUUGGUCGCAUUUUGGUUGGCCAGAGCAAUCUAUCGCAUCUGAUUCGAUCGUACGAAAACAUUGAGUACCUUUGGUUAUUAGCGGCCUACUCUCCACUUGCUGGACUGCGACAAGCUCUGCGCAAAGAGAUUGUUCGAGAGGCAGCCAGUUCCAUCAAGGCUUCCGCAAAGGCAGCAAAGCUACUCGAUGAUUCUUUGGGGAAAUUUGACUCGAUUCGUACUAUGGUGGCUUGUUUUGAAGAGCAGGCCGGCCAAUGCUGUUCACGAGGCGAAUGCGAAACGCUACACCAAGACACAGCCAAAGACAACGUGACCAGCUUUCAGGUGUCUCUUUUCGAAAGCAUGUUAGAAAAGUACGCAAAUUUCGCAGAUUUUGUUCUCUACCAGAAGCUACAGAACGCUGUUCUUGGGCGACCACUCCUAAACGGCAUAGAAAUACAAGAUUUAUUCGGGCUACAAAAGGGAGGCAAGUACCUCCAAAUCAUCACAGAAAAAUUAUUGAAAUGGCAAUUCGACAACGCAGAAGCCACCAAGGAAGAUUGCAAGAAAUGGCUGCUUCAGGAGAAAUAUGUUCUGGGGUUGCCUACCACCGGCUAA